CAGUUUUCCCCACUCAUAGCCUCCACACAGACGAGAAACCAGAACGAACCAAAUCAGGAUUGAAGAGCUCUCCUUCUUCUUCUUCUUCUUCUUCUUAUUCCUUCGUCAAUGCCUGAUCGUUAGCUCUUUUUAAACCUAAAAACAAAAACAAUCCUAAUUCGCUUAUCUUUCAAUUCCAAUCUAUCUAUGGCCAGCAAGAACCAAACAAAUAAUAAUCAGGCUCUUCUUCUAGGUCGAUACGAGAUCGGUAAACUUCUUGGCCAUGGAACCUUUGCCAAGGUCUAUCAUGCCCGUAAUGUCAAGAAUAACGAUAGCGUUGCUAUCAAAGUUAUUGAUAAGGAGAAGAUUCUUAAGGGUGGUCUUAUUGCUCACAUCAAGCGCGAAAUCUCCAUUCUUCGUCGCGUACGCCAUCCUAAUAUAGUUCAGCUUUUUGAGGUCAUGGCCACCAAGGCUAAGAUCUAUUUCGUCAUGGAAUAUGUUCGCGGCGGUGAAUUGUUUAAUAAGGUUGCUAAGGGAAGGUUAAAAGAAGAAGUAGCAAGGAAAUAUUUCCAGCAAUUGAUAUCCGCAGUGUCAUUCUGUCAUGCAAGAGGCGUUUUUCAUCGAGAUCUAAAGCCGGAAAAUCUCUUGCUUGAUGAAAACGGUAAUUUGAAAGUCUCCGAUUUUGGUCUUAGUGCGGUUUCCGAUCAGAUUAGACAAGACGGCUUGUUUCAUACUUUUUGUGGGACGCCGGCGUAUGUUGCGCCGGAAGUUCUUGCAAGAAAAGGGUACGAUGCAGCCAAGGUUGAUAUCUGGUCUUGUGGGGUGGUUUUAUUUGUUUUAAUGGCGGGUUACUUGCCAUUCCAUGACCAGAAUAUCAUGAUAAUGUAUAAGAAGAUCUAUAAGGGUGAGUUUCGUUGUCCUAAAUGGUUCUCUCCGGAGCUCACCAGAUUUCUUUCAAAGCUUCUUGAUACAAAUCCUGAAAGCCGGAUCACGAUCCCUGAAAUAAUGGAGAAUAGGUGGUUCAAAAAGGGGUUUAAGCAUAUCAAAUUUUACAUUGAGGAUGAUAAAGUUUUUAGCUUCGAGGAUGAGGGACAAAAUGAUGAUGCAGCAAGCUCAUGCUCUGACCAGUCACUUUCUGAAUCAGAAUCAGAAUUUGAAACUCGAAGGAAGGUUACUUCAUUGCCUCGACCUGCAAGUUUGAAUGCUUUUGAUAUUAUAUCGUUUUCUCCUGGUUUUGAUUUAUCUGGGUUAUUUGAGGAGGGUGGAGAGGGAGCAAGAUUUGUUUCAGGGGCUCCUGUAUCAAAGAUAGUAUCAAAAUUGGAGGAAAUUGCUAAAGUUGUGAGCUUUACAGUUAGGAAAAAGGAUUAUAGAGUUAGUUUGGAGGGGACUAGGGAAAGUGCCAAAGGUCCAUUAACUAUUGCAGCUGAAAUUUUUGAGUUAACACCAAAAUUGGUUAUGGUGGAGGUAAAGAAGAAAGGAGGCGAUAAAGGGGAGUAUGAAGAUUUCUGUAACAAGGAAUUGAAACCUGGUUUACAGAAGUUGACGCAGGAGGAAUCUGAAGCUUCUGCCACUGCUUCUUCACAAUUAUCAUUGGAUACUUCACAAUUACCUAUUGAACCUCUACCUGUUGAUUCUCCACAUUUACCUUCAGACACUGAAUAGAGAGGGACAGAGGGAGAAAAGAAAAGGUUCAUCAGUGAAACAAAUGUUGAACUGGAAUUUGGAUCGAUCGGUUAUAACUACUACCUGGAACCUUGUGUUGGUUUGAGUUUGUUUGUUCUUUUUCACCUUCUAUAAUUUUUGGGGCUUGGAUACAUCAAGGCAUAUGGAUUUCAGUGGGUCAGCAACAUGAAAUAGUAAUAAAUCUUGCAAUUGAAUAAAUGAACGGAACUUCAAAAUUUGGCAAAAUGGUGUGGAUAGGGUGUGUCAGAACCUGUUGGCCCAACUAGUGUAUCGGACCAGGUUGGUUUCGGGGAUCACAGGCUGGACUCUAUUAUGUGUUCCUCUUCUAAAGACAUUAAGAUAAGGGUUUUCUUUCCGUUUCUAAUUUGGGUUAUUCAUUGGCCAGUGAAGAACUUUCCUGUUGAAUGAUUUGAACAAAAGGAGGAGAAAGAAUCCAAAUAAAGUUAUUUGGAGUCCUACUCUAAGGGAGUUAAAAACUGUUGGUGCAUAUGCGCUAACUUCUUGUUUUAAUGAGUUUAUGGUAUGCCUUGACUUACAGGUAAGGUUGAGGAGGUUGGCUUUUGAAUACUCAAAUGAUAUUAAUUUUGAGCAUGGCAAGUUUGCUUUUCAUCUGUCAUCUUAUCUUUCUUUUCCUUCUAAAACUGCUUGAGUGGCUUUUUAUGCAACCAUAGAUAUGUUUGUUGAA